AUUGACAGGUUUUACUAAGGGAUUCUGAGGAAACGUGUCGACAUACAAAGUUCAAAUUAUGCUAGUCCACUUGCAUAGCUAGCUAGCUAACGCCUCUUGUUUGAUUCUGCUUGGGGCUGCAGCUGUCUUCACUGUGCAUAACGACGGUGCAUGUAUCUUAAAAGCAGAGUCCACCCAUGUUUGUUCAUCCCUUGACUGCAGUGAUCUCUUGUCCAGCUACAUAUUGUGUAUGGAGACAGUGGCGGCAGCCCAGACAUUCAUGCUGUAAAAAUCAAUUAUCAUUUUUUACCACCAGAAAUCUGUUCACUUCUUUCAUCAAGCUGAGUGUAUUGCACAAAAGUGAUUUCCAACGGGGCCUUCAUCUCUUCUCUAGCCUGAUGGAGCACACUCAUAAAGAACCUCCACUAAAAAGAAGAAAAAGUAUAGAAGAAAAAGACUCUGUAAAGGCAAAGGUCACCACUAAGCAAGAGAAGGAGAGCAGGGAAAUAGGUCCUGCAUGGCUACAUAAUGUCACUGCCAUUCCACCUCAAUCAGGAAAGGUUCAAUCAAACCUUGAAAAGACAGGGAUUAAAACAGAGUUAAGAAGACAAUGGGAGGACCUUACUGAUAUGUGUAGCUGUGGGCCACAGGCAGAUAAAAGAAUAGGAGUUCAGCCCUUUGAUUUUUCUGUGAUGUGUUACAAUGUUCUUUCCCAAGACCUGCUCCUCAGUAAUCCUUACCUUUACAAACAUUGUAACCCACUUAUUUUGGAUUGGCAUUACAGGUUCUCCAACAUCAUCAAAGAGUUUGAGGAACACAGUGCAGAUAUAAUGUGUCUUCAGGAGGUGCAGGAGGAUCACUAUACAAAACAGAUCAAACCCAGUCUUGAAUAUCUAGGCUACCACUGUGAGUACAAACGACGGACGGGCCACAAGCUUGAUGGCUGUGUAGUGGCAUUUAAACACUCACGCUUCAAACUGUUGUCUACCCACCCCAUUGAGUUUUAUCGCAGAGGAAUUCCACUGCUGGAUCGGGAUAAUGUAGGUUUGGUUGUGAUGCUGCAGCCAGUGAAGGAACUGGGCUUAGGGCACAUCUGUGUGGCCACCACACACCUGCUGUAUAACCCACGUCGUGGUGAUAUUAAACUAGCACAGCUAGCACUGCUACUGGCUGAAAUCAGUCGUGUGUCACGGCUGGAUGAUGGUACCACCUGUCCUGUGGUGUUGUGUGGUGACUUUAACUCUGUACCUGCUAGUCCUCUCUACACCUUCAUUAAAGAUAACAAGCUGGAGUAUGCAGGCAUGCCCACUGGAAAGGUAUCUGGACAGGAAGAAAAUCAUCGAGGUCAUCGAUUCCUUACCGUGCCUAUUUGGCCCUCUAGCCUUGGUAUCUCUCAGCUGUGUCAGUUUGAAGGUCAAUCAAAUGAACCCCAUGAGGAGCAAUCAAAGCUACAAUCUGGAGCAUCAUCAAAUGGCUUUAGCAAACCCACAAUUGAACACAGGUUGAAGCUGGCCUCUGUAUACUCUCACUUCCUAAAAGAGAGCGGUCAUCCUGAAAUCACCACCUGUCACUCCAGAACAGCCAUGACUGUUGAUUACAUCUUCUAUUCACCAGCUCAGAAGGAAAAGUCAGAUCGAACAAAGUGUAGUGUGGCACAAGAACGAGGUCUGCAGCUGUUAGCCAGGCUUGCUUUGGUCAGUGAAGCAGAGCUCAGAGAAGUAAAUGGCCUGCCUAAUAGGCACUACUCAUCUGAUCACCUUCCUCUCAUUGCCAGAUUCAGACUGCCUUCUUAAACAUUUUAAAAGAUAUAUAAAGGUAUACAAAGUUUUUUCAAUUAAAAUCAGUAUAAAAUUUGUAUCAGAUCCACAUAAAUGGAAAGGCAUAAUGUAACAGCUGUUUAAUGUGUGAUGUAAAACAUACUGGAUUGUGUGGUCUAUAACAAAUAAGAAUGUAAUACAGAACUGGACACACUCAAAAGCAUCCAAAUAUCCAAUACAGAUUGUACACCAGCAAGAGUGGAUGUUUUCCUUUAUUUUAAUCUACAUGAGGACUUGUGGUUUUUUUAGACACCAGAUUUUUAAUGUUUUAACUUGACACUUAAAGCUAAAAUGGGAAAAGUCAGACACUUUCAAGUAUGAUAGUGCUUGAACCUUUGUAUAGUUAUUUUUAUGAUUGCUAUUGUUUUUACAUUUGAUCUUAUUGUAAAUUAUUUUGGAGCCAGGUUUUAUGGUUAGAUACAACUGUAAUAUGUACUUUAUAAACUGUUGUAUUUUAAGUUCAAAUGUUGUAUCUUUCAAAGGUAUGAGGUUUUUGGACAAAUAUUUCAGCCUUCAGAGGACACAAAAUAAUUAGAUUUUUUUUUUUUUUUUACAUUAUAAUAUGACCUGGUGCUUUUAAAGUCAUGUGCGAAAUGUAAUUCUAUCAAAGGUGUUUGUGCAAAUUGUUCUAUCAUGUACCAUGUUUAUUUUGUAGUUCUAAAUUUAAUUAUGUUUAUAUACCUGGAUGAAUAUAUGAAUAUACCAAAACGUAAGUGCACAUUAUUGUAUGCAGCUACAACCACCACAAUCCUGGCACAGAAUUUCUUACUUUUUAAGUGUCUUUUGGAAUUUGUUCCUACAUAGUCAUAAGAGAAUUUGUGAGGUCAGGAACUUAUACUGCACUUGAAGGCCUGACUUAGCUUUUAAAUAUAUGAAGCCAUGUGUCCUGUGUUUAGAUAUCCGAAGUCCUGCUCUUGGCUCAGCUUAUACCUGCACUUACAGUAAUGUAAAUUAGCAUAAAAUGUAAAUAAUAAUUUUAUAACACUCU